GUCGAAGUCAAAAGUGUCAAACUGAGGGUUUGAGGUUUUGAGGGGGAAAAAAUAUUCCAUCCGCCAUGGGAGACCUUUUAUCAACAGCGUCAGCUUCCUACAGGAACAGUAAAGACGAUAAACCCUAAAAAGCUCUCAAUGUCGUCGUCGGCGGCGGCGGCGGCAUCCUAUUCCACAGAAACCAUAUCCCCUUCCAAUCCAAGUCCAUCAACUCCUCCUAAAAUCGCAGAUGAGCAAAAUCCGGAAUUCUCUGAUCAUUCGAAUGAUUCCACUAGUGAAGAGAACGGUGAAGACGAAGAAGAGGGAGAAUGUGGAUUCUGCUUGUUUAUGAAGGGAGGUGGGUGUAAGGAUGAGUUCAUAGCCUGGGAGAAUUGUAUCGAAGCAGCAGAAAAAAACGACGAAGAUAUUGUGGAGAAGUGUUUCGAGGUGACGAGUCUGCUGAAGAAGUGUAUGGAGGCCCACCCUGAUUACUAUGAACCUGUGCUUAAGGCUGAGAAGGCGGCGGAGAAAGAGGCGUCCAAGGAAAUGGAUCAAGAAACCUCUGCCAAACAAUAGCAAGAAAACAGAGUUUUUUCCUAAAUUUGUUCUCUUUUUGUUUAGUUUCAAUCCUUCGGUGAUGUUUCAGAGUAAUUUAAAGGAGAAACUUUGAGGGAGUUACUGUUAUAAAGAUCAUCGGAUCCUUGGAGGUAACUGGGAGGAUCCCGAGCUUUUUAUUGUUAACUUAUGUACCUUUUUGUUCUCAUUGGGGGGGUAAAUUUAUGACAAAUUUUGUUGCUUUUAUUCAUCUAAUAACAUGAAUUGUGCUAUCAUUCUUAA